AUGGCAACCUACAUCGAACAUUGCAUGGAGACGAACCGCGCGCAAUUCCUCCUGGUCCUGAUCCUGGGUGCGCUCGCGCUCUUUACUACCGUGACGCUGGCAUACCUCCACGGACAAAGGCUGAACGAACGGCCACUCUGCGUUCUCCGCGGCUACUAUCACAGUAUUUUCAUCUUCCCAGUCGUCUGGGCCUUCACUUCCUUUCUCACCUUGCUAUGUCCGCUGAGCGCACCUUUGGCUGAGCUGUUCCAGGGGCAAAGCGAGGCAUACGGGAUCUACGUCUUCCUCGUGAUCUUGUACAUGCUGGUGUCCAUCGAGGCAUGCCAGAAGGGCGUCGAAGAAGGCGCUGACUUGCGAUCCCCUGUGAUGAACAUGGGAGAAACGAUCGUGCAGGCCGUGCAGCGUUAA